AUGCGCCGACGGACCCGCCAGCCAGCUCAGCAACGGACCCGCGAGCUCGCCAGCGAUAUCGCUAGUGGCUCGCCAGCGAAAUCGCCACCGGCAGCCGCCAACGGGACCGCCAGCAGUUACAACGCCAGCGACACCGCCAGCAGAGACCCCCGCCAGCAGCGCAACCGCCAGCAGAGACCCUCGCCAGCAGCGCAACCGCCAGCAGAGACCCCCGCCAGCAGCGACACCGCCAGCAGAGACCCCCGCCAGCAGCGCAACCGCCAGCAGAGACCCCCGCCAGCAGCACAACCGCCAACAGAGACCCCACCAGCAGCGCAACCGCCAGCAAAGACCCCCGCCAGCAGCGCAACCGCCAGAAGAGACCCCCGCCAGCAGCGCAACCGCCAGCAAAGACCCCCGCCAGCAGCGCAACCGCCAGCAGAGACCCCCGCCAGCAGCGCAACCGCCAGCAGAGACCCCGCCAGCAGCGCAACCGCCAGCAGAGACCCCCGCCAGCAGCGCAACCGCCAGCAGAGACCCCCGCCAGCAGCGCAACCGCUAGAAGAGACCCCCGCUAGCAGCGCCACCACCAGCAGAGACCCCCGCCAGCAGCGCAACCGCUAG